CCUAUUUGUCCGCACACUUAUCUGGGAUCUUGCCGUGGGGCGGCAAGAACCACCGAGUCGGCAGCAGGCGCACACGCAGGGCGCACUCUCCCCGCGCGGGCGUGUCACCGAGAGGAGGAGGAGGAAGAGUCGUCUCCACCACCCCGCCGCCCACCCGCGCUUUGAUUUGCGCGGCGACCGCUCUCGCCGGGAGGACGGCGCGGCGGCUGCGCGACACGCGGCAAGGGGCGGGGAGGUCGCGCUCCGCGGCGCGCACCUCGUGCUCGAAGCGCCGCGCGGUCCGCUGUGCGGCGCGCGCCGGUGGCGGUCGACGCCGCUGCUCCCGCCGCGCACUUCAUAGCCGAGGCAGCGGCAGCCGCGAGGCAGCAGCGCGCAAUGAGCAGCAGAGCGGUGCGGAGAGAGCGCACGCCUGGGCUAUAGCACCACCACCCCCCUCCCCCUCCUCCUCCUCUCUCUGCCUGGGUGCCUCUCGCCCUGCCGCUAAACGUGCGCGCGCUGCUGUGGAGACCUGGGACCGACCCCCGUGCGUCCAGCCCCUUACCUGGGGCUGAGCGAAGCUUGGAGAGGGCGAGCGAGCGAGCGAGCGAGCGAGGGGCGAGAGGUCAGAGACCGAGACUCUCAAACAUCGCCUGGGCAGCGGCGCCAGCGACUCCCCCGCGUGGCUCCGGCGUGAUCCGCGUGGCUCCCCCCCCCCUCCCGAGCGCAUGAGUCAAGACGCGGGCACGGCCAUAAGAUGCGGGUUCCGCUGUGCGCAUUGGCCCUACUCUGCCUGCUGAGCACAGGGUCUUGGCGAACGCGAUGACGCGCGGCUCCUGGAGGGCGCCUCACGCCGCGAGGGCUCGAGCCGGGUGCCCUGGCCCACAUCUUGGGAGGAGUUUGCAGAUCCAGUGCUACCAGUGCGAGGAGUUUCAUCUCAGCGACUGCUCGGCGCCCGAGAACAUCGCCAACUGCACCGUGAACGUGCAGAACGUGUGCCAGAAGGAGGUGAUGGUCAGAAGCAACGGCACGUUCUACCGCAAGUCGUGCGCGUCGUCGGCCGCGUGCCUCAUCGCCUCGGCGGGCUACCAGACGUUCUGCGUGCCGGGCCGCAUGGGCUCCGUGUGCAUCAGCUGCUGCGGCACGGCGCUCUGCAACGGGCCCAGGCCGGCGCGCCGCCGCAACUCGGCCUGGCGCUCGGCCCCCCCGCCCGGCGCCGUCGCGGUGCUGCUCCUGCAGCUGCUGCUGCUGCAGGAGCAGCUGCAGCUGCUGCCCGUCCUGCUGCCGCUGCUGCCGUCGCCGCCGCUGCCGCGCCUCUAGCAGGGACGCACGCGGCUCGUGGACGCGCGCGGAUCGCGAAGCGCACGUGGUCACGCUCUCUUCGGGGGAGCGGUGGCCAAAUGGUUCCUUGGACUGUGCUUCGCACCUGGUGAUCAGAGUUCGAUCUUCGGCCACGGCUCACGUCAGUGGCAAGUGAAGGAAGAACCUGCCCUAGGUCAACUCAGCUUGACAGAAUUGCCUGGUGAAGCGUGCAUACAACGGCACUAGGAAGACAAAGGUGGCUGGGCAUUGUCCUGGCCACACCACCCCACCGCGCGCUGUGUUGGCCUUAAUAGGUGCUCGCUAACAGCACUUCCCCCAAUGGGAUCUUUGUGUGUGUGUAUGCAUUGUACAACUCUAAAAUGCUGGUGCCAGUUUUGUUCAUGUUGUCAAAUGUGGCCUCCAAACAAUAUUUCAGAUCAUGAAUUUCCCUGUCCCCUCUUUGUUCUGAAGGACGGCCACAAACUGAAAUGUUAGCCUGAGCAUAUUAUAUAUUUUUGUCUUAUGAGGCAGACGGUGGUGAGAUAUUUUUGAUUUGUGUGUACAUAUAUAUACCCAUAUGCAUUUAGGCCACUGUGCUGAGGUCGUGAGUCCCAGGACUCAAUUCCUGUCUAUUCACAACGAGUUUUGAACUGAACUUGGCGUCGACCCCCCCCCUAGAUCAACUCAGCCUAAAAUCAGUACCUGGUGCGACGUUUGAAAAACAUAGAUGUCAGGACAGGGGAGGUAGAGGUGGCCGGACAAUGUGUGAUAUCAGCCUCACCACCCCAUGGUGUGGCUCGCCUCAAUGGUCGCUCAGGCCUAUCGGUCUACAAGGGUCAACGCCUCUGUCCUAGGUAAAAUGUAAAUGCACGUGGCAUGUAUGUAGCAACAUUGCACAUACACGCACACGUGUGCACGGUUGCAGAGGCGCUUCUCUGCCAUGUAAAGUUAACCGGCAAUAGGCAGCUGCAUAUAUAGCGGCUGCCAAUAGGUUCGCUAUUAAACAUUCUGCCAUACUCCAAUAUACACCACAGUUAAACGGUGAUAUAUAAAUACAAUUAUACUUUUAAAACCUAUCUACAAAUACUAACAUACAUACAGGGAAUGCUGAGGAUACUAUGGUAAAAUAGGGUAAGUAACUUGGAAGUAUGGGAUAGAGUAUGGAAGGAAGGUGCGGUAGAUGUCAUUGGGAAGUGGAGGUUGCGAUGGGUGGGACACGGCUUGCGUACGGGUGGAAGAGGGGGGGGGGCAGGUUACGGAGGCAGGCAUUGGAGUGACGCCCGCAGGUGGCCGAUCACGGGGAAGCCCUGCAGCCCGACGGUGUUGACGGUGUAGUAAGCUGUGUCGACUGCGCAAGAAGGCAAGUUCGUGCGUGCGGGUGACGGUGAUGAGACGGCGAACUUCAAGGUUGGGUGUCAACUCUGCAACAACCGCAGGAUCGAUCAGAAAUGGGAAGCGAUGGCCUGAUGCGGUGGCAUCAACGACACUGAUGACCUCUUGACCUUGGACAGACUUGACCACUUGCUCUGCUCGGUAUUAUUAUUAUGAGAAGUAAAUAUAUUUAGAGAUGUAUUUACUUGUAUAUUUUUGAACUGUGGAAACCUCGUGGGUGACGCAUGACUACAUCUGCUUAGGAUUCGCCGGUUCGAAUCCAGCCCAUAGCUCCGUCAAAUGGCAAAACAGAGAAGCUAACGAAAAUUGAAAGGGCCCUACCUGGCCACGAUUGGAGGGGACAAAAAAAAUCUUCAUUGGUGAAGCAGUAUCCAACCAAACUCUAUCCCCACCCCUAACCUUACACUAGCCCUGGCACUAGCCCAUUGGUAAUCCUAACACUCACCCAACCCCUGGCACGUCAUUCUUCCCCUUUUGUUCGCAAUCCCAUCGGAGCGGACCUCGAAAGUGACGCUAUGUGUGUGUAAUCGCUGUGCAUUGUCCACUGAGGGAUUUUGGCAGGCGAUAGACUCGUAGACAAUCUUGUGUUGCGCUCACGGAUGAUCCUUCUGUAGCAAUCUGCGGCAAGACAAUGCGUGUCAUGUGAAUGCUAAUAUUAAUGUUUUUCACUCUGUGGGCACUUUUUAAGCGGCUGGCGCCGUCAUCCCACCAUCAACAUUGGCUCGCCAACGGCAUUCAUAGUGGCCGCUCAAUUAAUGGUCAAAUAGCCACGCAUAUGAGAUGACGUCGCUCCUGGCAUACUCACACACCGACCCACGCGCUCGACUGACUCUCGCCUCAAUCAAGAUCGAGGAAUUCCGAUCGCCGUCAGGGUCGGAGGGGGGGGGGGGAGAAGGAACCAGCAGCCACUGGAAGAGCCCGGUGCCACGUGACCCACGUGAAGAACGCAACGCCACAGCACUUCGCAGGAGAGGCCAUGCGGUCGCAAGCGCCGUCAUUCCGGAUUUCCGAAAUUCGGUAGCUACGCGCGCUCCCACCAUUCGGUGCUGAGUGUCGGAGACAAUUGGGUUGGUUUUGGUGCAAUAUGAAAAACAACAAUCCCUAGGUUUGCAUCGGGCUUCAUGUAUGUGCAGGACACACCUGCAUGCACAGCCUGGGUGUCGUGUUGCCCACUCACAACGCGGAAAGACAUUUCGCCAUUCUGCUUCGACGGCGUUCCCUCCAGCGUCCGUAGUCACAACGCGCGGCCCGCGAGAGCAGCGUCCGCGUGUCGCGGUGUGAACGGCGACUCGGUGGCCUGGCACUGAUUCAUUUUUUGUUUGCGGGGAUGACCAAAGCACGCCACCCGCCCACUGUGAAGCAGACGUUAAAGAACCGAUGAUGGCAUCAUUCACAAACGUAGACCAUCAUGUGCCUGUGCCGUUGUCCAAAUGGAAAUUAUAUUUAUAAAUUGCAGAGCUUGCAAUUACAAUAUUUCAAUAACUGCCUCUGAGUGACUGCAGUAGCCAAGAUUUUGUUUUUGUAACAGAGGUAUUGUCGGGUUGGUUUCGCAUGGUUAACCAACGGUGAUGAUGAUGUUGGUGGUGGUGAUUCCCGCAAAAGCUGAAGGAUAUUGAUUUGUAUUUUACCGAGGGACACCGAUCCGAUAUCUCGCACACCCCCACUGCCACGUCUCCACUGCCACCGGCAAACAGAGCCGUGCCCACCGUGUUAAGGGGAGUCAAUGCGUCACGCUGCAAUGGAGCCACGCGAUUAGACCCAGCAAGGCCACGGGUGGACCGAGCCCACUUGCACCAAUUCCGCGAAAAUCGGCCUCGCUCUGCCCCGGUGGUCAUGGGGACGUGGUAUCAGAUUUCAAAGAACAGACCAGGAGGAGCAUUUGUGUGAGAGGGCACUUGAUGUGUGGUUGAACCUGGCACCAAUCCACGCUUCACUUAGCUUCAUGGUUCAUGGUCAAACCUGUCCGGGACAGAGCUAUAGCAAGACAAUACUAAUGAUAAUAAUACCUGUAUACGUCUCUGUGUGUGGUGGAUGAGAGUGCAGAGUUUUGGCCCUUUGAAGUGCAAUGCCUGCCUCGCGGCCAAACUUCAUCGUUUAAUUUUUGACGGUGAGGCCGCUGCGGGCAACACCACCACCACCCAGACCAACGUUUGCCUACGACUCGCCAACACUCGAGCAUUGAAUGGAAAAAAUAAACCCCCUCCACCACUACCCCCACCACCUUCACGAUGCUUUGUCUGUGUGUGAUUUUUAUUUGCACACCCACCGCGCCAUUAACACCGCACCGU